AUGAGUUCCUCAAAGUUAGACUUCGUGGAAACUGCAAACGACUUAACGCCGUCUACCGUUCCCUUGACCAAGCUUCCUCUCUUUCAGCCUAGGUUAUCGAUCACAAGGGAGGAAGCCUUCGAAAUAUCUUACCAAAGAGCCCAAGUCUUGAAUAGACACUAUAGACUUACAAUUGAGGAUAUCAUCAACCUCACGCCUAGAUUUUUUGAUAUGCACAGAGACGAUAUCAUUAUUAGAGAUAUCGGGUCACACGCUCUGCUGUCGAUCCAGCAUAACUUAGCGGCGGGAACUUUGGCACCUUAUGCAAAGGAAUCCCCACAAGUGGAGCAAUUGCUAGAAAGGGUUCUGAAGUUUGAAGUCUCAGCAGCUUUCAUGCUGACGGAAGUCGGCCAUGGCCUGGAUGCGAAGAAUCUGGAAACUGAAGUAAGAUUGCAGCCGGAUGGUAGCUUCAUCCUGCAUACCCCUCGGCCUGAUGCUGCCAAGUUUGUGCCGCCAUCAAUGCCUAUAGCAGGGCUUCCACGUAUUGCGGUUGUAAUGGCGAAACUCAUGGUCAAUGGUGAGGAUUUUGGUAUUCGCCCUGUCGUAGUUGCGUUGAGUGAUGGAUUCCAAAUGUGUAAAGGAGUGACCUCACGUAAUCUCAGCUUAAUGCCAUACAUGGGAGGAAUUCAGUCACCAUACGCCAUCACGUCCUUUGAUCAGGUUGCUCUGCCACCGACUGCUGUGCUUGGAAGCAUGGAGAAACCAGCAGAUAUGCGCGCCAACUUCUUUCACCAGAUCAGCCGUGUCGCUCCAGGAACCCUCGCAAUGAGCAUGAUUAUGAUUCCUGCGCUCAGGAUCGUCACAUAUAUAACAGGCAAAUACAGCCUACGUCGCACAGUCGGGGUAGCUAACAAAGAGAGGAUCCCAAUCAUCACCUUCCGCACGCAGCAUCAGCCGAUUUUGCUUGCAUUAGCACAGCUUGCCGUUAUGACGCCAUUCGCGGAUCAAUGCAUCAAGUGGUUUAAAGACACUACUUCUUUUUCGCCCGAGGUCCGACAUGGAUUCGCAGUGAUCCUCAAAGCUGUAUUUAUCCAGAUGGCUCAGCGCAGCAUUCCCGAGUUGGUUGAGCGAUGCGGCGCGCAAGGUCUUUUUCAACACAAUCAGAUAUGCGAUGCAGAUAACAUGGUACGAGCAUGCGCUAUUUCAGAAGGUGACGCAUUGGUUGUUAGUAUCCGUCUCGCGGUGGAACUGUGUCUAGGCAAAUACGAGAUGCCCAAAGCAACGAUGCCCGACUGCCUCUUGGCAAAAUAUGAAGCUGGUCUAGCCGAUGAUGCCUGGGAAACCGUGAGCUCUAUUCCCGACGACGAGCGUUGGCGAGAAUUCAAUCGCCUCUUGAUACCACGCUGCAGGCCCAUUGUUCAGGGCAUUGGCCAUCGUAUGGUAUACGAGACUGCAGUUUCGGCCGGCGUUGAUGCUGACCUUCUCGCACUAUACGAGCUUGGCGCCAUCAAAGAGAAUUUGGAUUGGUACAUUGAAAAAGGGUUACUUACAAGGGCAAAAUUCCGCCACAUGGAAAACAAAGCACUGGAUUCACUUGAGCCGCGCUUGGGUGAUCUUUUAGAUCAGCUCAAUAUGGAUGAAUAUGUGACGGCUCCUAUCAUUGAGCAAUCCAUGUUUGAUGAGUUUGUACAAAGCUUGCCCAAGUUUACCGGAAAUGCUGAGUUUCCUCUUCUUGUUUCUUAA